UUCAAAUUUGUUUUGAGGAGUGAGGAGUUGUCUGUUGAUAGCUUUUUUAUGAUAUACAGCUACAUUUUUAUUAAAUAAAAAGCGAUUUCUUUUUAUCGUUGAAUUAUUCAUUGAUAUUUAUCGAAUUAACAGUCAAUAUGGGUUUUAUCUUAUACUUAGCAAUGAGUAUAAUUGCGGCGUUCAUUACGAGAGUGUUCUUUCUAUUUCAUAAAAUAUUAAAAAGUGAUUGCCAAUUAAUUAGCCCAAAUAGUUAUUUAAGAACAAUUUAUUGUAUCGGGUCUGGUGGGCAUACGACAGAAUUGUUGAGACUCAUGUCUCAUUUAGACUCGAAGAAGUUUCAGCCACGACUAUUCAUUCUGGCAAAAAAUGAUAUCAGUAGUGAAGUAAAAAUACAAGAAGCGGUGGAUGGAUCUGAUGAUUAUACCUUAUACAGAAUACCCAGAAGUAGAAAUGUUAAGCAAUCAUAUAUAUCAUCUGUAUUCACAACUAUUUAUGCAACUCUUUCUACAAUUCCUAUUUUAUUUAAGUUUAAGCCUGAUGUUAUAUUUUGUAAUGGUCCUGGAACAUGUGUACCUGUUUGUUUGGUUUCUUUUUUAAUGAGAUGUUUGUUUAUUUUAGACUGUAGAAUAGUAUUUAUUGAAAGUCUCUGUCGAGUUCAAACACUGUCUCUAUCUGGCAUAAUAUUACAAUAUUUUGCCGAUAUAUUUAUAAUACAAUGGCCACAGUUAAGGCAUGUAUGCUUCAGAGCUAAAUACUUUGGUAGAUUAACAUAGAUUAUAUUAGUAUUAUAAACUUAAUUUAAUUAAAUACAAAAUCAAUUAACUAUUUCAAAACAAUUCCUAUU